AUGUUGUUGGUGCUGUUCGCUCGGUGGAUGUGGAUCUUGCUAGGGAAGAGCAGUGUCCUCCUGCUCCUGGAGGUCUCUCUGAAAGGGAGAGCCCUACCUCCAAUCCGGUACUCCCACGCUGGAAUAUGCCCCAAUGACAUGAACCCCAACCUGUGGGUCGACGCACAGAGCACUUGCAAGAGGGAGUGCGACGCUGACCUGGAGUGUGAGACCUUUGAGAAGUGCUGCCCCAAUGUCUGUGGAACCAAGAGCUGUGUGGCUGCUCGGUACAUGGACAUCAAGGGGAAAAAGGGGCCUGUGGGGAUGCCCAAAGAGGCAACCUGUGACCGCUUCAUGUGCAUCCAGCAAGGCUCAGAGUGCGACAUCUGGGACGGGCAGCCUGUCUGCAAGUGCAAGGACAGAUGUGAGAAAGAACCAAGCUUUACCUGUGCCUCUGAUGGACUCACCUACUACAACAAGUGCUACAUGGAUGCAGAGGCCUGCAUCAAAGGCAUUACACUCAAUGUGGUCACCUGUAGGUACCAUCUCACCUGGCCAAACACCAGCCCUAUCCCCCCAGAAACAACAGCUCGCCCUACCACUGCCUAUUCCGAGACAACAGUCAUUGAUAUCCUGCCACCUGCACUGGUGAACAACCCCGUCCAUCAGUCCGUCUACGUGGGAGAGACCGUCAGCUUCCUCUGCGACGUUUCAGGGAGACCCAAGCCAGAAAUCACAUGGGAGAAGCAGGUCGAUGGGAAGGACAAAGUCAUCAUGAAGCCAAACCAUGUCAGAGGGAAUGUCGUGGUCACCAACAUCGCCCAGCUGGUCAUCUACAAUACGCAGCUGCAGGAUGCAGGAAUCUACACCUGCACUGCCCAGAACACUGGUGGCCUCCUCCGGGCAGAUUUCCCUUUGUCAGUCAUCAGAGGAGAGCCCACAUCCAAGGAAACUUCCCAGAACAAAACACAUUUUCCUACCGACGAGUGCCUGAAGCAGCCGGACAGUGAAGACUGUGGGGAAGAGCAGACCAGGUGGUACUAUGAUGCCAAGAAAAACAACUGCUUUACUUUCAUCUAUGGGAACUGCAACAGCAACCUCAACCACUUUGAGACCUACGAGAGCUGCAUGCUAACGUGCAUGAAUGGCCCCAUCAACAUCUGCAACCUGCCUGCCCUUCAAGGCCACUGCAAGGCCUACGAGCCUAGGUGGGCCUACAACAGCUUGACAAAGCAGUGCCAGUCCUUUAUCUAUGGCGGGUGUGGAGGCAAUGAGAAUAACUUUGAGAGCCGGGAGGCCUGCGAGGAGAUGUGCCCCUUUCCGAAGAACACUCACUGCAAGGCCUGCAAGCCCCGCCAGAAGCUGGUGACCAGCUUCUGCAAAAGUGACUUUGUCAUCCUGGGCCGCAUCACGGAGCUGACCGAAGACCAAGACUCAGGACACGCCCUGGUGACAGUGGAGGAGAUUCUCAAGGAUGACAAAAUGGGAUUAAAAUUCCUGGGGAAGGAACCACUAGAAAUCACGCUUUUGAACAUGGACUGGAGCUGCCCAUGUCCCAACAUGACCACAGUGGAUGGCCAGCUCAUCAUCAUGGGGGAUGUCCACAAUGGCAUGGCCAUCCUACAGCCAGACAGCUUUGUGGGCACCUCCAGCAUCCGGCGCGUGCGCAAGCUCCGCGAAGUCAUCCACAAGAAAACCUGUGAGCUUUUGAAAGAGUUCCUGGGAUUGCAUUAA